UUCGCAUAUAAAAAAAGGGUGUGUCCAAAUGGCCAGGAAUUUGCCACGUGGCAGUAGUAGAAGCAUAGAGAUGUUGUUACACCAUGCCCAUGGUCUUCAUCAUCAUCAUCCUAAAGCUCCAAGCAAAUCCUUUGUCGUCGCAAGGUAGUAAACCAAGUCGUUUGAAGCUCCUUUUAAUCUCAACCUCUGUGUGUGUGUGUGUGUGUGUGUGUGGUGAAGAGGGCGUGACGGAUCAAGUGAGGAAGGAAGUUAGUGAGGAGAAACCAUCAAAAUCUGUUUCGGAUGAUAUACUCCCUCACAUUCUCAAUUUAUCUUCAGCGAGUCAAGAAUAGUGGACUAUACUAUCACAGAGAAGGAGACUUCACCCGGAAUGACAGAGAUACUAAUACACAACAAACAAUAUUACAAGUUCCUGGGUAAAGACAUAAAUAUGAUAUCCCUCAUCAAGCUGGACACAGAGGAUGGCAAAGUCGUUGCACAUCAAGAUCGGUGGGACAAGAAGCCCUUGUGGGACCGAGAGACGGUUAAGGCACCGCUCGUGGGCCAUGUCAUCGAGGCUACACGACGAGCGUCCAUGCUGGCAACUCAUGCUCUAAUGAGGUUUGGGAAAGAUCCAUGAUCUGCCUAAUUUAACUAAGCAUACACCUGGGAUACUCUGUUUCUGAGAAAUUCUGCUGCAUUGAUACAUCUCCUAGAAUUGAUGAUAUAUACAUAAUCUUGUGAAAUUUUCUUCUCUCAAAAGUAUUUUGUAUGAUAUUUUCUGUGUUUGUUACAUUUUGCUCAGUUUCACUGCUAGAAACAGUGUAAAGUGUGUUUUUAGUAGUAGUUUUUUUUUAAUCUUCAAGUUUUCCUUAUGCAUGGGAUUAAUUGGCUCCUUAUACUUGUGUAUAUAUGGGAUGUACAUGCCUCUUUCUCUAUCUCUA